UCGGUUCGGUCUGCGCGGGUACAGCAGCUGCGCGUCAAACACUGCACUCUCAACGACACGCACAACGACGAUGGAAGGUUGGAACAAGCUGCAGACGAGCCUGUCGGGGCUCAACCUCGGCCAGUCCGCGAGCAAGCUCACGAAGGGCUUCAACUCGAGCGUGCAGGCGACGAGGGAGCGUUUGGGCCAGAUUGCUCCCGACGAAAUCACUGAGCUGCCCCAGGAGUACAAGGACCUCGAAGCCCGCGUCGAUGCCCUCCGCCAGGCGCACCUCGCUCUCCUAAAGAUAACCCGCGUCUACGAAAGCGAGACAUACGACUACCCGACUCAAAUCCAAGAAUCCUUCGCAGAGCUGACCUCCUCCAUCGGCUACGGCAUCACCAACUUUGCCGCGACGAACCUGAAAGGGACCAACCUGCCGACGCCCUCGCCCUCUGCGCCGCCGCCGUCGCAGCACAAAACCCUUCCGCAUGCCCUUUGCCGCUCUGCCACGGCCGGCGCGACCGCGCUGGGCACGGAAGACAAGCUUGGCAAGGCGCUGAGCGAGUACGCGGGCGCGUGGGAGAAGGUCGCCGCGGCGCGGCUGCAGCAGGACCAGACGAUCCGCCAGGCGUUCCUCCAGCCGUGGCAGACGACGCUGAGCACGAGCAUCGAGGUGGCGAUGAAGGCGCGCCAGGCGGUCCGUGCGAGCAGGCUCGAGCUGGACGCGGCCAAGCAAACCUUGAAGCGCGCAAGUCCGCAGAGGCAGGAGCAGGCACGGUUGGAGGUCGAGAACGCCGAGGAUGACCUCGUGCAGAAGACCGAGGUUGCGAUCACGCUUAUGAAGACUGUGUUGGAGAACCCUGAACCCAUCAAGAAUCUCAAUGAGCUGACCAAGGCUCAGCUCUUGUACCACAACGCUGCUGCCGAGGCGCUGUCCUCUGUGCAGGGCGAGAUCGAGGAGCUCAGUGUCGCGGCCGAGGGCGAGUACAGAAAGUCCCGCGACCACUGAGGUGCCACUGACAUGAAAUAACGACCGUAAUUAUUGCUUCCGAGUUUACGUUUUUCUGAAUGACGGACUGGAUGUCUGCUGUUGUCCGCACUAUGCCUGCCUUUGCUACGCGUACCUAGUCUGUUGUCGGCAGUAACGAUAUCAUAGACCUGUAAUGCAGUUGAUGCAGCGCGGGAGAGCCAAUGUCCGA